AUCGCGCGAUUCCGCAUUGUAUUUUGAAUGAGUUAAAGCAGAAGAAGAAGAAGAGGAAAAAGUAAAUAUUGAGUGGCAUGCGGAGAACGUAUUUAGCAGCGUGUGGAAAAUCAAUAUUCGUAACUUUUGGAAUUUAAUUGGGAAUUGCCCGUCAAAAUUAAAUUACACACAUCCAGACAGACAAAGCUCCCAAGCAUCUCCACCGCUACAUUUGCGAUUCCAUUUUGAUCGGUGGCGCAGAGAGCGUAUAUUUUUUCAUAUUUCAAAAUGCCGUACGGGUUGGACGUACGCCAUAACAAGUGUAGUGUUUAGUGAUCGCGCGACUAUAUAGUAUGUAGAUCACUUCGGGAAAUUAGUAUUUUUAUAAAGAAAAAAUUUACUGAAAUUUCUCAGCGAAAAAAAACAAGCAGAGUUUAUGGAUGAUUAAACCAGUGAAUAAUUAUGAGAACUUACGCGAUCAAUGCCAUGUUGUUGUUACAAAAAUUGCAAUAAAAAUUUUCUUUCAUUAAUUUUUUUUUAGUAUUCAUAAAUCAUCAGCAAUUACAGCAGUGUCUUUGAAGUGCAAAUUUAUAGUGUGAGCAUCAUUGAAAUAGUGUAAAAGUAAAAAUAAAACUAAAAGAAAAUAUUGUCUGUGUUGAUUGACGCGUUCGUCGAAGGUGCUGAUCAGCUGGCUGGCGUGUAGUUUUUCAAAUUGUAACAGCGCAUUUAGUAUAAAAGUGUAUACUUUAUUGAGCAGCGCACAUUUUGUCUUCAAGUAAGAAACACCAGCCACAAACAGACAGUGUUCUGUGCCGAAAACUUCAAGUGAUCGCCAAGUGAUCCUCAUUUCUGCGCUUGAGGCAGACAAACGUCGUUCGAUACGCACUCCGCAAACACAAAUACAUACGAGUAAAAACAACAAAAAAAAAGUGUUAAGAAUAACUGUGUCGCCGCAUUUAAUUGAGUUCCACGAAUUCACUGUGAGAAUUCUACAAAAUAAAAGCCGAAACAGACAGGAAGACAAAAGAAAAAGGCAAUAAGCGAAUGAAAAAAAAACAACAACAAAAUCAAGCAUUAAGCCACUCCAGCAAAAGGUCGAGGAAUACCCUGCCGACGACGACGACGACGACGGCACACACGAUUUUCAAGAAGUGAUCACGCACGUGCAUAGACCCCUCUGGUGUGUGUGUAUUCCCGCACACACUUGAGAUACCAAAAAAAAACAAGUCGACUAAGCAGACGACGACGACAUCAGCACUGGCGACACAUUGUCCGACGUUCAAGUGCACGAUCGCCGACGAACAGCCAGACGUAGCAGGCAACAGCAGCAGCGCAACGAUAAUUGCCUGCAGGAAGCACAGAGCAGGCGACCAAAUUGCAACAACAACAGCGCCAGAUAGACACACACAUUUGAAGCGGCGGAAAAGUCAUUAAUAAACAAACGGCGUAGAUAGGCCAAUAAAAAUAAGGUAUCUAGAAGAUACACACACACACAAGCGUAUACCUAGAUACAUGUGCGCCUAGAACUCAACCAACCAAAAAAAAAAAAAACAAAGUCACAAGCUGUGCGCUAAACUACCAAGCAAGUGGCAAGCGGUAAGCGGAAGAUCAGCUAGAACAGCCAGCAGCCGCAAAGAAGUGCAAAGAACCUGAAAAGGAAGCAGCGCCGCAUUUAAAACAAGUUCAGCUAGUAAAUAGUUGUACGACGACUACCUUUUUUUUUCUUGUUGUUGUGCUUUUAUGAGGCAUUCUAGUAAGCAGCGGCAACAGCAUGAAAAAUUCGUGGCAUUAAAGGAGGCGCCAGCAUACCUGCCAAUGUCUGCGGAUGGCUUGUCUGUCGAACGCCGUGAGGCCAUAAUCGCCACCGUCGUCGCCAAAGUCGCGGCAAGUUACCGUUGCACGAGACGCGCGUGAACACAACGAUCGAACGUACAUAGAAGAAGUUGUGACGUGUUCUGGAUUAGAAGUCACGUAGUUGAGGAAGUCACAGGAACAGAGAUCGUUUAGAGAUCGCUCGAAAGAUUGUUAGCUUAGAACGUACUUGAGAAAAAGUCACAUACGUAGCUGCGGGAUUCUAUGCGUUUAGCAUCGUAACAAAAGCAACAACAUGCAUCAAGGAACAGCGUAAUAGAUAACGAUACAUAUGUAGAUAUGUAUAGAAGUCAAGAGCUCUUCAAAGCGUGUAUUGGAAUGAAGGCGAGAAACGUACCAAAAAUAAGGGAUCGCGAACAGAAUUAGCAACAACAAGCACUAGCAAGCAAGUGUGAGGGCAGGCAACCGCACUUGAGUACUGCAUGAUCCUGGUGGCACCACGCAAUCACGUCAAACUCAGCAAUCAGCACCGCAACAGCGAAAUCUCAGCAAUUGCAAUAUGGAAGCUGCCACAACAACCACCACCACUACAGCAAAACAUUACAAUAAAUCAUCGAAAUUGCAAAAUAAUCACCAUCGUUCAACAGAACGACGCGGCACAUAUCGCAAUCAAAUAGGCGAAACGCAAGCGAGUGCGAGCAAUAACGUCAAAGUACAGAAACAAACAGCCAAGCAGGCAAAGGCAGCUGCCCAACGUGCCGCUGCAGUGGCCGCUUACACAGCUACUCUAGAGAGCGGCAGUGGUGGCGGCAACAAGGCAGCGGGUGGUAGUGCCAAAGAUCCGCUUGCGAUCAGCAACGAUGCUGCCUCGCCAGUACAAAGUAGCGGCAGCAAAGCGGCGCGAACCAAGGAAGCUAGAGAACAAAAGACUAUUGCGAAAUCAGAUACAGAAGUAGCAGCAGCGCGUAGCGAUAGUGCUACAAUAGAUGCCAUUUCCACCAACGUAGCAGCAAGCAGCAGCAGCAGCAACACCAACCAGAAGCACAGUGAUAAUAGUAACAGUAGUAGUAUAAGUAAGCAUAAUUUUACAUUAAGUCAAAAUGAAGUGACGCGUAAAAGCGAAAAGCAGCAGGAGAUCAGUGGCAUCAGCAGCAACAAUGGUGAUAUCCAGGUGGCGCAGGCCACCGAGAAGAAUAAGCCAGCGCAGACUGUAACGCCAGCAAAUACAACGACUACUGUUGUGGCCACGGCGACGCCGAUCGCGGAUUCGAAUACCUGGAAUAACUCUCGAUAUUUGCAUAAAAAAUUCAAGCGCCUCGCCAGCACAACCGAUGUGGAUAGUCUUGUGGCCGACAGCCAAAGCGUCAAUGCUGCGGGCAGCAGCGCAAGUAGUGACGCGGGCAGUGAGGCGCCACAAACGCGCACCGCAUCGCUCUCCUCGUCGGCAUCGACCAGCUCAAUUUCACCGCCACCAGCAACAACUCCAACGCCCGCGGUAGCAACACACUCGCACGCACAGAGCACCAGCGCAGCAGUUAGUCUGCAAAAUGCCAUUGCAGCCACGGGCUUGACGAAUGGCCAUGCGCAUGCAGAAGCGAUUGCGCAGCCAAGCCACAAUAAUAAUAACAGUGUGAAUAGCGUCAAGUACAGCGGCGCCAUUGCAACGAAUACCAGCGGCAAAAUUGAGAGCAAUAACAACACUAGUCCGUUGAGUUUAGAGAAUCACAGCGGCGUUGGCGAGCAGGCGCAGAACUCAGCGCAGCAAUAUUUGGAAGCUGAACAAUUACCGCAAACUAUGUUGCAUAUGUUCGAAAGUCAGCAGAGUGGCAGCAGUACUAGCAAUGCUGUUGGCGCUGCUGCUGCCAACUCGGGCCGCUACGUGUGUCCCUAUUGCAAUCUGAACUGCACCAAACCGUCAGUGCUGCAGAAGCACAUACGCGCGCAUACAAAUGAACGUCCCUACCCGUGUGACAUCUGCGGCAUUGCAUUCAAAACGAACAGCAAUUACUACAAGCAUUGUCGUUCACGCUCUCAUGCCGCGCGGAAACGCGGCAUUGAGGUGCCAAUAGGCGCCGAUGAUGGUCUCUUUGGAGGUUCCGAUCAGGAGGGUGAUCCGGAGUUGAGUAACAGCAGCUCGGAUGUGGUGAGCCGCACCGCUUCGCCGCUUGACGAUUUGAGCAGCGUCUCCUCGCCAGCUGUAGCGAGUGCGAUAGCGCCCUCAUCCGGCACAGCAAAUACUUUCAGCCCGCAACAGUUGCAACAGCUGCAGCAGCAGCAACAAAAGCAAACGCAACUGCAGCAGCAACAACAGCUUGCUUUGGCCAUGCAGCAGCAGCAGCAGCAAGCAGCUUCCGCGCAACCGCCACAUUUGGCGCUGCCAUCCACACCGUCGCCAUCUUCAAUAUCGUCGUCAAAAAGCGCCUAUCUACAACAGCCCACACAACAAACACCGCAGCAGUUGCCACUUGGUUCGCCCGCGGCUGGUACACUACCGCCGUCGACGCCCAAUGCAAACGCAACCACAAUUACGCCCGCCGUUACCACAGCGCUUCCUAAACAGAUUGGCGCCAGCGCCGAACAUAAACCAUACAAACCGAAGUUUCACAACGCCGCGCUGUAUGCGACAACCAAGGAAGCAGCUGCAGCGGCAGCAGCUGCCGUCGCCGCGGGCAUACCACCUGGCCUACUACAACCACUGUCGCAACCUCAGCCGCCACCACCACCACCAGCACAACAAUUACCACAGGGCAUGUUACCAGCUGCGCAUUCCGCUAUGCUGCCGCAAGUGCCGCCUACGGCACCAGUGCCAGCGCCACAAAACGUAUCCCAUCAUCCUUCACUUUCGCCGAGUACCCAAGUGAAACUGAAUAAUCACAUUAACACACAUCAAAUGCAACUACAAAUGCAGCAUCAGCAACAACAGCAGCACCACCAACAGACGCCACUAUACGUGGCAGCGUCGCUCGGCGCGAAUAUGCCGUUACAUCACGCAGCUGCGGCUAUGUCACCCAAGAGCGCGGCUCAGCGCCCAGACAUGGUUAAUGCAGCCGCGGUUGCAGCAGCCAACAUGGGCUAUCUAGCAGCACCGCGCAUGAUCUACCCAGGCGCUAUGGAUUUCCCGCCCGAGGCUUUGCAUAUGAUGAUGCCGGAAAGCAGACAGAAGCUACACUACCAAGUGCAACAGUACAAGUGGUUGGAGCAAGAACUGCAGCAGCAUUUGCACAAACUGAGCCAGCAGCAGCAGCAGCAACAACAACUGCAGCAUCUGCAAACUCAACCACCACCGCCGCUUCCGCCCCAGACACAGGCACCUUCGAGCAACCAACCCACCAUACUCAAGCCAACUGCCACAAUGCCCUUGCAUCCUCGCGCAACUAGCGCUACCAGCGGGAACGCUCACCACGCGGUUUCAACAUCGAAUGCAGCAUCACACCUUGGCCUACAGGCGGCACCACAAACGCCGCUGCAGUACCUAGCCAACACUGCCGCCAGUCAACAGCCCGUCAUGGGUGGCAGCAACGUCAGUGGCGCCACCAACAAUACCACUGCCUCCAUUAGCUCUGGCCUUUUGCAUAGCAACAUUUCGAACGCCGCCGCCAGCGGCGCCAAUAAGGUUGCAGAUCUGGUUCAGGAGCACAUUUCCAAGCUGAUCUCGCAGAAUGAGGCGAUCGUGGAAAACAAGGCGGUGCUAUUGCAGAAGAAAUACCCGAAGGGUAUUAAUCGCUCGCGCAGUUUCAAUAACAACAACAGCAGCACCAGUGGCUCAUCUGCCUCAACGGCAAACAAUUCAGGCAGCGGCAGCGUUAGUCUUGUCAGCACAACCGCCGCAGUGGGCAGCGAAAGCGCCGCCACCAACGCACGAUUGGCGCAAGCGAUUGUACAGAAACAACAACAGCAACAGCUGCAGCAACAGCUACAACAGCAACAGCACUACCAGCAACAAUUCCAGCAGCAGUUAAUGGCUGGCACGCAGGCUUUACAAAUGCCGCCACCAACGCAGCAGCAGCAGCAUCAGCAACACUUCGCACAGCUGCGCCUUGAGGAGCAACACCAGCAGCACCUUCAGCUUCAACAACAGCAGCAACAUAUGCAACCAAAUGGUAUUUCCAAGCAUUUAACUGCGCCCGCCGCAACAAAGGUUGGCAGCACAAUUGCGCAUGCGUCGCCAGCAGUGCAUUCGCAGCAGCAGCCUUUGUCAACAGCAGCAUACCGCCAACCAAGUUCGAGUGGGCCGCCUACUUUGCCGCCACAUGAGCCGCAGCGUCCUACGCCAUCGCCCACAAUGGCACAAACCACCGGCUUGUCGUCACACAACAAGGAUAUCAUGAGCGCGAUUCAACAGAGAAGCGCAUUAGCACCAGAUUGCACCGCGCUGAGCAGCACAAACGCCAGCACCAAUGCACUGCCCUUAAACUUGUCAGCUAAACCUAAGGCGCGCCUGGAGGAACCAUCCGACGGCGUACCAUCUAACAGCUUAUCUUCGACACCAAGUAGCACACCACGCAAGCGACAGUCAAUCGAGAACCAAAUUUCCAAUUCCAGCAAUGAUGGCUCUACAAGCAGUUCUGUGAUGGUUGGGCCUCCGGCAACUGCUGGAAGCGGCGCACCCAACGCCAAACAGCCAACAAACGUCUCGAUAAUCAAAAAUUUGUUGCUGAAUGCACGCGGCUUAGCCGUGCCGACUGGCGAGGGCGAAGACGCUGUCUACAACUGUCCGCUUUGUGCCAGCACAUUCCGCACCGCAGAAGACCUGCAGCUGCACAACAGCACAUACUGCCAGGGUGCCUCAAGCGCGCCCAUCAGCCCGGUAUCGUCGCCGUCGUAUCGCUACUUCCGCUCCAAUUCGAUGACACUCAAUCUACCUGAGCUUAAGAAUUCGCUUUACCGUUCGCGUGAUCCGCUACCACUAGCUAAAUUGGCCUGGUAUCAGCUGCGCACGAAACCAAGUUCAUUGGUUUUGAGUCGGCUGAGCGCCUCGCAGGCAGGUAGUUCUAAGGCCACCACAACUACCACCACCUCAGCAACGUCCACGGCACCGACAAGUUCCACUAGCAGCAGCAGUGUCGCUAGUUGUGUUGCCUCACCCCGCAGUACGCCACCAACAGCACCGCCUGCCACCCUCUCAUUGCCCGAUCCGAAUAUUGUGCGAUUUAUUGACGCACCACUGCCAUCUCCGGGACCGCUAUUGGGCAAAACACCGCUUGUUGACUUUGGUAACACCAGCGAGUCACGCAAGUCCGAAGAUGUGAUCAUCACAAAAAUGCACGAGGAUCGUCAAUUCGAUGGACAGACGCCAGCAAAACGCGCCAAGCUGACGCUGGAUGGUGGCGAUCCGUUUGUGCUUGCCUCCGCGCCAGUCAGCAGUGGCAGCCUUAUGGGCGCUACGUCAAGCAAACGUUUGAACAUCAAUAGCAUCAGUGGCGGUGAUAUGCAGAUGCUUUCCACCGCUGGCAGCACCGACCUCAGCCUUACAAACAAAAAAGAAGAUCGGAUGCGUCGCUUCACCUCGUCUGGCGGCUGCAUCAUACCGAUCUCCGAAUGCAGCGAUGUCGACAAGAGUCCCAAAAUGAUACGCACGCCACUGCUGUCGGGCGGCAGCUUCCAAGAGGUUUCACCCAAGCCGCCAAAGGAAAAGGAGAACAAAAAUUCCGCAGCAUUGCCCUUUAUCAACAGCUCCGCUUUCGCACCUAAGCUGGGACUCUCGGGCCUCGGUUUGCCUACAAAUGGACCACAGCAUUUUCAAUUCCCAAUUAAUCCAAUUACGGCGUUCAACCCGCUGACACUACCGCCAUUACAAAGCAUGCAAGGUAGUGGAGAAAAGAUUGUACCUCACGUGCCAGGCAUGCCAGGUCCCCACAGCCUAACACCACAACUGCCACCACCGCAACAUUUGCAGUUGCCACAGCCGACACCCAUGCUGGGUGGCGGACGCUCCUUAACCCCAAACCGCAAGAAAACUCCAAGCCCUAUGUUGCUUUCGAACAACAUGAGUCCCAAAUCGUUGACGCUACCAGCGAACGAGAAUCUCAAGUCGUUGUCACCAUUCGGCGGCGUGCAGAAUGUACCCAGUGAGUUCGAACGUGCGCCACCGCCACCCGGCAUGCGCACUGCACGCAACUGGAAUCAAAAUUCCGCAGCGGGCUCAUCACUAAAGCCAAGCAGCACCAGCAACAGCUUGGAUGUGCCGAAGAAACCAUUCAACUUUACGCGCAUGGCCGACAAUGUAAGUCCACGUAAGGCCGGCAGUAUCAAUGCACCAAAAAGUUCACCGCCCGAAACGGAAGUGCGCUACUUCAACUUCGAUCAUUUGACGAAAGACGGAGAGAGCAGCGGUAAUCGCGCGUCUGGUAACUCGGCUCUCACUCCAUUACAUGUCGAAAUUAGCGCCAGCGUUUCGGCACCUACUCCAAGUAGUGGUGUCUCGGAACCCACAGACGCCCAAACGAAGAAGAAUAAGUUCUUACGGCCAACAAGCCUGCCACUCAAACCAGGCACUUUCACACCGAAACGCCACCAUGGCAUCACACCAACAGCAAACACACUGCCGCUGAUAUCGCCGGAGACACCACGCCCAUCCAAAUCUUGCGUCCAACUCUAUCUGAACGGACACGCCUACACCUACCUGGGGCUCAAAUGCAGCACGAAGAUGUUCUACUGCACGGUGAACUGCCCUCAGCCGUCAUAUGUGGCGGGCGCACAGAAGCUCUCCAUGUACAGCGUGUGGCAAGUUUGCGCUGAAAACAAUCCGCAUCCGCUGGGCUUCAAGCCAAAGGUAGUUAUGUCGCUAUACGACUCACGUCAGAAGACUUCUCCCAACACCAUGGCCGGCACGAACAAGCUACCCUACUCACUGGUAGUAUCCCAGCAGACCGUAAUGACACCCUUUGAAAACAGCCAGGGCCAGUACCAGCAUCAUCAAUUGAGGCAAAUCUCACUUAACACAAACACCUCGGAAGGUAGCGAGCAGUCGAAGAAGGCUAGCGCUGGUAGUAGCGCAAGCAGCAGUGGCAGCACCGGCAGCGUAGAGGGCGGCAGCAAGAAGGACUCCUCAGCCAGUCAAAUGCUAGUCGGCGGCUACGAGUCACACGAGGACUACACCUACAUACGCGGACGUGGGCGCGGCCGCUAUGUAUGCUCCGAGUGUGGCAUUAGAUGCAAGAAACCCUCAAUGCUGAAGAAACACAUACGCACGCAUACCGAUGUGCGGCCAUACACAUGCAAGCAUUGCAACUUCAGCUUCAAAACGAAGGGCAAUCUCACAAAGCAUAUGCAGUCGAAGACGCAUUUCAAGAAAUGCCUGGAGCUUGGCAUCAAUCCCGGUCCCAUGCCAGCUAAUGGUGAAUUCCUCGAACCCGAGCCAGAGUUCGAUCAACAGUCGACAACAUCGGCUGGUGGUCGCACCUCUUCGAUUCCGGGUGAAUCGGACUCGGAAGAUUACAGUGACAACGAGUCCGAAAGCAGCGGUAGGCAUACCGACGAGUCGAAGUCACGCCUGCUGGAGCAUGAAGCGGCACGUGGCCUGCUCUCGCUCUCGAUGACACCACCGAUUGGUCAGAGUGUCUCGCCGCGUCCAAAAAGUGAAUCGUACUCAUACCAUCUAGGCGAGCGCGUUGGCGAGCCAUCUGCAAUUUCCUUUGCGGGACAGAUGAGCGCUAGUGUAACAACCACCGUCACCGCUAUUACCAGUACAACCACAAGCAGUACACAUCCCAUUGGCAUUAAGCGGGUCAUAUCGUUCAGCUCACCCAAACCACCGUUCGACUAUCAGAAACAAGAGCAGUACUACUCCAAUCCCGAGGAGUCCAAGCCGAAGUACAGCAGUAUUGCUACUACAGCUAGUUACGAAAGCGCGCCAAUCGAUCUCACCAAGCCACGCGCCGCGGUAAAUCCUACGCCCUCACCUGCAGUACCCGCGACCACUUCAGCUACACCCAGGGUAACUAUUGAAGAGUACAAUCCAAGCAAAGUGGUGCCACUCGCCGGUCCACCAAAGCAAACACAAGCACAGAUACGCGACGUAAUUUUCGGCAGCAGCAACAACGAGUCCGGCUUCCUUAAGACGCUUAUCUCAGUGUCGGAUAAGGUGCGCAGCUCCACCGAGAUGCUUGAAAAUUACAAGAACGGCGAUGAGCUAUCUCAGGCCUACCAGUACCAUAAAGCCUUUCAGUACCACAAAAUCAAGCAGAUUCAAAUGAACCGCAGCUUCCCCGAUCCGAUCAAUGUGGGUGCCAUUAAUCAGAGCCUCGCUAGCACACCAACAAUGAGCACGGUGAGUGUAACCAGCGCGGGCGCAAGCGCAGCGCUUACCACAACUGCGAGUGCGAGCAGUGCCAUGCGAAUUUCAGAAAGCAUAACCAACACGGCAGUUGUGGAAAAUGUCAGCCACGGCAUUGCACACACCCUGGAGGCCACGGAAGUAGUACGCUCAAACGUAGCAAAUAAAAUUGUGCAUACUCCAGGAGUCAAUGUAGACAAUGAAGGGCCGAGAGAAAUGAGUACAGCUGACUUGCAAGUGCCUGCGAUUGAGGCGAGUGUAGCGCCAGCGGAGGAGGAAAAGAAUGUUCACAAUGCGAUCACGCCCAGUGCAUCAGUUAGCAAUAAAUCAAGCGCGCAAAAGGCCCCCCACAACAAAAAAGUAGUUUCUGCAAAAUCCAGCUCUACUUUGCCUUGUAAGUCGUCUGACGAAGGCGAGGACAGUGAGUGCAUUUCUGAUCAGGAACAGUCAGCAGCGGGGCACACAUCUAAAGCUAGUCUGAAUGCAAGCAACGCUGCUUCCGCCGCCCAAGCCACAGAGCCACACAAUGCCAAGCUGCCUGCCGUCGUGGCACAGCCUGGCACCACCGAUUUUACGGGUGUACUUUCGGCACCCGGUCGCACAGUUGUCGUGGGCGAGGACGGCCUCAAGAAGUCCGGCAACAAUGAAAUUCAGCCUGUCUAUCCGCGCGUACGCAUGUCACCAGACGGUCGACCCGUGUGCAAAGUAUGUGCGAAGACUUUCCAGACUCAAGGCCAACUGUCGCUGCAUAUGAAUAUACAUUAUAUGGAGCGUAAGUUCCGUUGCGAGCCAUGCGGUGUUUCUUUCCGCACGCAAGGUCACCUGCAGAAACACGAACGCGCUGAGGCGCACAAAAACAAAGUGAUGAUGACAUCCACGUUUGGUGUGCCGACGACCUCGAAUCCACGCCCCUUCGAGUGCACGGACUGCAAAAUCGCCUUCCGUAUACAUGGACAUCUCGCCAAACACUUGCGCUCCAAAACGCACGUACAAAAAUUGGAAUGCCUGCAAAAACUACCCUUUGGCACCUAUGCCGAAAUCGAGCGCGCCGGCAUCAGUCUCACCGAAAUCGAUACAAGCGACUGUGAGAAUUCACUAAUCUCGCUGAAAACACUAGCACAAAAGCUGAUCGAAAAGGACCCCAACAAGCUGGGCAGCUACACAACACCUUCGGGCAUGGGUGGCAUCAGCGGCAGUGGUGGUGCUGUUGUUGGCAGCGGCGCCUCGCUUGCCGAUACAACGAAUGCAAACACAAACCACAGCGCCAUCGUUUCACAGGACAGCGCCUCAGAGGAUGACUUCAGCGCCGCUACAAUUGCGGCUGCCACAGCCAUUGCCUCACUGGACAAUGAUAGCGCAGCAAGCACGCCGAAACGCGCCAACUCCACCUCCGAAGAUGAGGCGAUCGUGAGCGGGCUAAAUAACAAUCUGAAGCGGCGGUUACCAGGUAACUUUAGUAAUGGCGAAGAAAGCGACAAUCCUGCCGAUGGCGCCGUCGGUAUUGGUGGUGGCGGCAGUGAGAAGCGUACGCGCGUCUCUUCGCUAUCCAGCAUUGGAGCAGCCAGCGCCACAGCGGCUGUCGGCUCACCAGCGUCCAUUGCAUCGUCGAAUGCGUCUUCGAACAACUGACAUUAUGCAUAUGCGCCACCGUGCGGAUGAAUAAGGGAUGCGCUGCCGCGGACGCAAACGCAGGCAUCAGUCAUAUUGCCAACGUCGCUAUCACCAACACAACCAAUGCCGACGCAAUGGGCGCAGUCUACUGCUUUGCGACACAACAACUUGAAUGGGAACGGUGUCACUUGGUGUGGUGGAGGUGAAAUUGGAAAUGGAUUAGGAGAUGGACUGGCGCAGAAGCAAAUUCACUUGCAAUUGCAAUAUCAGCCACAGCAGCCGUUGGAAACGCAAUUUGUAAGGCCACAACUAAUGCAGCGGAAAUACUAACACGCGACUAGUGGAAGCGGAAGUGUAGUUCGCAGAAAAUUUAUGUAAAUUCUUAACUAUCUACAUACAUACGUACGUAUGAUACAUACUUAUUUACAUACGAGUAUAUAGUAAUGAUUUAGAAUGUUGAGUUUUGCCGAAAAAAUUUAGCCGCAGUUAUGCUCCUUACGAAGUCUUAGCAAAACAAAAUCAUUCUUGAAGAGAUCCAACAGUCGGCGCAUAUCCUGCAUAACAUAUCGUGUCUUUACAACAGUUAGAUAACAGUUAAAACAAAUUUUUAUGAGAGCCAUUUUUUCUAGUCAGCAUGAUUUUUGAAAACAAUAUUCGCACUCUAAAAAAAUCAAAUAUAUGAACAGUAUUUGUUAGAAAAUCCAUAUACAAUAUUUCCUCAAAGAAAAUUAAAUACUUGCAAAAAAAUAUUUACCCUAAAAAAAAAUUCUACAAUUGAGCACAACUGCGGCUGCAUUUUGUUCAAUGCAAAUUAUUUGAUUGCGCAUGCGCGUGGACUUACACCAAUUCUCUACAAAGCCAGAGAGCUAAAAAAAAAAGAAAAUAUUUAAAGAUAGUUAAAAACAAGAAAUUAACAAACAAAAAACUUAACUAGGGAAUCCAACUAUCAAAAGCUAUUUUAUAUCCAGACAGACAUAUGGUAUUUCAAAAAAUCUAAACCUUUAUAGUAUAUACACACACACCUACAAACCUACACGCAUAUACAAGCACACUUUUUCCUUAAAGUAAAAGAAUACAUACAUACAUAUACAUACCUAGGCAUAACCACCUUAAUAUACAAAAUCUACUACAUAACUACAUCAAAUUUUAUGUAAUUUCAUAUACAAAAUAUCACGGGAUAUAUGUAUUAUCUAACUAAGAAAAUAGUGAAGUCCCCGAAAGCCUCGAUCUACACGCACGCAUACAUAUACAAUUUCUCUAGGCACUACAUAUGUAUAACUUUAUAUAAUUAUGUGUUUACACAAAUCAUAACUGCAUAUUUGUAAAUAUGUAUUUAUGAAUAUUUUUAAUAAAUCUAUUUAACUAGAUAUGUAUGUGUGUAUUGAAAUUUAGGUACAUAUGUUUCGAUUGUAAGAAACUUCUAAUCAAUAUUUUGUGCUAACUUUCUAAAUGUGUUAGUUGUUAGAUGUAGUAAUAAGUACUUAUGUAAAUUUGUAUUUAUUUUUUUAAGAAAUAAUUUCUAGAAAAUCUUCCUACACUUAUUUUUAACCUUAUAACUUAUACAUUUAUGCUAUGUACAUACACAACCACACACACACAUAUAUACAUAUGUACUCUCUAAGUGCUGUGAGUCUACGGGCUUAGCCUCUAUAAAAAAAAAAAACAAAAAAAGAAAGUUAAAAUUUAGUUGAGAGGUUUAUUAUAAAAGCAGAUAAAUGAAGAGCAAGUAAGGUAAAAAGUUAAUUAGAAAUAAAAACGUCAUAAAUAUGUGUACAUAAAAUUUUAAAUACAUACAUAUGUACAAUGUACGCUAUAUAAUUAAACAAAAAAUAUUAAUAAUUACUUAGCACUAAGCGCUUACGCUAUAAGCUGUGGCUCAGCGGCCACAUCAAGUCAAAAUAUGCUAUUCAAUAAAAAAUAACAAUAUGAAAAAAUA